AUGCCGAUCGAAGAGCCGCUGCCGUUCUGGCUCGCCAACGUUCCGAGGGACCAAUGGCCGACCGAGUGUCCAGACUUCCUGAAAGUCUGCAGUGAGAAGGAUCGCAGCAUCAUUGGGACCCCAGACGAGCAGUACGCUGUGUUGACGUGGGAGGAGGUGCGGGAGCUCGUCGGAUCCGAUCGCGUCGACAAGUUUCAUCGCAAGCCGUCUGAGCUACGGAGAUAUAGGCAGUUCACAUACCGCCUAGUCGAGGAGUACGGGAGCAUUACAGACUUCAUCGUCAACAAACGCCUGCAGUGGACGCAAUUGGAGCCUAGAGGUGGGCCCUUUGAGUACGCAGAAGACAUCAAGAUUCUCUACAACGACUGGCCCUACGGCAUCGACCCCGACAUUGUGCAUCUUGUCGUCUGGACCAAGUUCGGGCUCGAAGACGACCCUGAGACAGGUCGGUCGACGCCAGAGUCUCAGCAGGAGAUUGGCGAGUACGUGCAGAGGACGUUCGCAUCAAAGGUGCAAGAGUUUGUCUGGUUCAAGAACUGGAGGAGCUUGAAGAGUGUGGACGCGGUGGAGCAUUUCCAUGUCAUGCUGUACAAGCCAGAUGGCGAGUUUCUGCAGCACAUCACGAACGGCGAUGUGCCGAUGACCGAGCAGUUGGCGAGUAGUGGGUGAGCGACGCGUAGGAUUCGCGAACUAUUUAGGCAUAGGGCGUUGUUAAGUUCUUGGAUAUCAGACUGCAUUUCUUGUUUGGGACGUAUAGAGCAGGUUUUGGGAUGAAUUCGUAUGCAAUUCCCACCCAAUAGCAUCCCUUAUCCUGUGCAACCUCUUCGUGAAAAGCC